AUGAACAACUAAUUCUAUUUGCCUCCAAUUUCAUAGAAUUAAUCGUUUGCUUAUUCACCGUCUAAAUAAUAAAUGCCUAUGCCAAUACCGUAUGGCAAUAAUUUAGAUGUAAUGGCUCCACCUCUGUAAAUGCCUAGAUCUUUAAGCUAACCUGUUAUGGGAUCUGAUAGUUACGCAUCUUUUAAAUUAUAUGAAAAAAUGAGAGAGGAAAAGAUAAUGGCUGUACUAGAAAGAUAGGCUGAGUACUUGGCUAAAAUAGCCACAAAAUUCAAAAUUUUCUAGGAUAAUACAAAUCAGCGUUUAAGAGAUAGAAUUUAUGAGCUAGAAAAAGAAAAUGAAAUACUAUAAAGAAGAAGAAGGGAAGAGCAUCUUCUUAACUAAAUAAAUAGUAGUCUUGAUUAAAAAUUUAGGAAUUACAACGAAAGUUAACUUAAAAGCUUUUUAGAAGGAAGCGGUGGAGGCUAAUUUAUGUAGCCAAUGAAUUUAGAUCCAAGCGAAUUUGCAAAAAUAUUUAAAUCACCUCAUGAAUAAGAAGAGGAUAUGGAAGAAAGAAAGAAAAAAAAGAAAAAGCGUUCUAAAAAUAAAAAGAAAAAAUAGGAAUGA